UUUUAUUCCUCAGCUAGUCAAGAAACACAGCCCUUGGUAUCUGAGUCAUUGCUCCACAUCCUGCCCUGCUUCAGCACUUCCUCAUUCAAGGCAGAGGCUCCUUGCAGCAGCAUGUUUGAAUCUCAGCAUAUUCAGAGAGCAUACUGAGAGAUUCCAGAUAGCCUUCCCUCUCACUCAGAACGAGGAGCCUAUAGAGCCAACCACCCCCUAUGGAAGCUGAGCAUUCCUGAAAACAUAUGCAGAAGGUGGCAGUCCAGUCCAGGUGAUGAGACACUGCAGGCAGAUGUCAAUGGACAGAGCUUUGUUUCAACAGAGACAGAAGUAGCAGCUGGAGCGCCUCACAACAGGGAGGGAUUCCUAAGGGCCGGGAAAGCACAAAAAUGAAGUGGGACACCGCUCUCUGGAUGGUUGCCUGCUUACUGUUCCCAUCUCUACCCAGAGGUGAACAAAACACAACGUAUCGUGCAUUUGUUGGAGAAACUGUCAUUUUGCCUUGCACCACCACCUCUCCUGGACAGCUGAUCCUUUCCAGUUCAAAACUCUAUUGGCAGAUAGGCCCUGUCGUAGUGCACUUUUUUCACAAUGGGCAGGAUUCGCUGAAGCUCCAGGAUGAACGUUACCGUGGCAGAACUAGUCUUUUUUUGGACCAGAUGAAGCAUGGCAACUUUUCCUUAAAGCUCUCCAAUGUCCAGUUAAAGGACUCAGCUGACUAUACUUGCAUCUACAAGCAGACUGGGGAUCAACUCAACAAAACACAGAAAUCUAAAAUUACACUCAUUGUAUCAGCUCCAUCUAGCAUGAAGGAGGCUCCUUCCCCUUCUGGACACAGUCAGAUUUCCUCCAGAAGCCCUGCUGAUGUGCCACGCCUGGCUACGCUUCCCCUCUCUUUCCACCUCCUGGUCACACUGAGGGUUUGGCACUUGUAACUGGGGAAGCCAACCUUGUCUUUGGAAAGUUCUCCUCACCAGAGGACCUCGCUGGGCAGAACAGCUCUGUGGGAUUAGCGUGACAACUGUCCCAGAGCAUGUGAAAGAAACACCAAUAUCUGAAAACAGACCUAGCACUAGGUGUUUAUGGCCCACAUUUUGGUGUUCCACAAAACCAAAGGCAGCAAAACUUAGAGGCGGCAAGUCUGCUUUUUCAUUUGUUUCUUGGAGCCCAGCUUUAGUGCUGCCAAUAUGAACAUUUUACUUUGGAUUUUGUGGUUUUGCUUUAGUGACAGGAUAAAGGACUCACAAAACGACAAGGUCACAUUAUAAUUGAGAUCUUUUGCUGAACAUCUUACCCGCUGUCCUUCGAGAGAACUGAAAGGAGGAGAAGGGGUAAUUACUCUCUGCGUCAGAUAAAAACUGGAAGUAGGAAGACGGUCAUAUUUUGUGAAACGUAAGGAUGGAAACCUUGUGAAACUUGAGCCUGUGGAACUUUAGCUUCUGUUUUUGCUCUUAAGUGUCAUGGGCUAUUAGUAACAACUUUUUUUCCACAAGAAAUGUAGUAUUUCUUCAGCAGAAGGGUGAAGCUGACCGAGAAAGAUGGUGGAAGUUCAUAAAACAUCAACACAGAGGAAGGAAGUGAUGUAUCAUUACAAAAUCCACUUCUAAAUAAGCAAAAAGCUUUAGAAGGCUGAAUUUAGUAUUUUUUCUUUUUGUCAUGAAACACAGCAAGGUAAAUGGGAUCAUCACACCAAAGCUGGAUUCUUAAGCUAGCACUGCAUGCUAAAAAAUUGUUACUGUGACAAUGUUACUGCCUUAAAAAUGGUACCUUUGGAGGGAAAAAGAAUUAAAAACUGGUCAGUAUAAUUGUAACUGAUACCUAUGCAAAUUAAAUGAGUUUAGUCCUGGAAAUGUUCAGUUCAGGUAGCAUAGGUGUCCUGUGUAAAACUAAGACUGAAAGGAUCCUGUGUACCAACGGUAUCAAGAAAGGGCAGAAGUUUUGUUUCAGGCCAGAGCUGCUGAACCCACCCGAUUACAAAACUGAGAAGCACCUGGAGAACUACUCACCUGGGCUGGUGAACAGUGGUGACUUCAACGCACUCCUGGCUGAGCCCUCAAGCAGAGGGAGGUGACUCGUAAGGAUGCACACGAAGACACUUUGAUUUGGAACAGUUCCACCCUCUUUCAAAGGACAGACAGAACUGUUUUUGCAAGGCAUGGAACAGAAUAAAAUACAGCUUAAAAUCAUAUCCACUGAGGUGAAGGACAUAGUUACCUUUGACUUUCUUAAAAAAGGGCCCUUUCCCCACGGCAGGGAAGAGAGACAAAAUCCCCCACACAGCCUGUGCUGCUGCUGCAGUGAAGCUCAUCUGGUACUUAGGCUACCCUGGGUACAGAGCAGCUUAGUGUAACACCUGGAGUCCCACUUCACAGAAAGAUUUGAAUAUAAGAACUGUACAUACUGUGACGGUCUUUUUGUAUCCUACCCUCCAAAUGUUUGCCUCAGAUUCUAUGUAUUUUUCAAAAUAAAAGCUGAUUAAAAAUAAUAACCUAACAUCCCCACCCCCCAAAAAAACCCCAAACCAA